GCAUGCGCAGCAUCUGUAGCACCGGAAAGAUGGCGGAGGCAGGGGAAAGAAAAAAGAUCCCUUUGGUUCCAGAAAACCUCCUGAAAAAGAGAAAGGCUUAUCAGGCCCUGAAAGCCACUCAGGCGAAGCAGGCACUUUUGGCAAAGAGAGAGAGGAAAGUGAAGGAACUCCGGUUUAAGCGGCUGGAAUCCUUCGUGCACGAGUCCUGGCGGGAGCAGCGGGACAAGGUGCGAGUGCAGCGCCUGGAAGUGAAGCCUCGCGCUUUGGAGGUGCCUGACAAGCACUCCUUGGCCUUCGUCAUGCGCCUGGAAAGGAUUGAAGGGGUGAGUAUGUUGGUACAGAAGACCCUGGCAAAACUUCGCCUGAAGAAGUUGUUCAGUGGUGUCUUUGUCAGUGUCACCCCUCAGAGUGUAAGGAUGCUGCGCAUAGUGGAACCUUACGUGACCUGGGGAUUUCCAAAUCUGAAGUCUGUCCGGGAACUCAUCUUGAAACGUGGACAAGCAAAGAUUAAGGAGAAGACUGUCCCCCUGACAGACAACACAGUGAUUGAGGAGCACCUGGGGAAAUUUGGUGUCAUUUGCCUGGAAGACCUCAUCCAUGAAAUUGCCUUCCCGGGGAAGCAUUUCCAGGAGAUCUCUUCAUUCUUGUGCCCUUUCCACCUCUCUGUGGCCCGUCAUGCUACCAAGAAUAGAAUGGGCUUUCUCAAGGAGAUGGGCUCCCCUGGCUACCGGGGUGAGCGCAUCAACCAGCUCAUCCGUCAGCUGAACUAGAGCAGGACCAGGAUUUCCAAUAGCCUAAUGCACUGGAAGUGUUUCUGUUAAAAAUUAUCACGUGUCUUCAGAGAAGAUUAUUUUCUGCCUUCAAAGACUGAAGGAAGGGGCCAAGAGAAAGACAGUAGGGUCUGGGCAUCACAAACACCUCAACACAGCCCAGGUCUAUGAAAAAGGACUAUUACUCUCCACAGUGGUUGCUCCUCUCUGAAACCAACACAGGCCAUGGAGAAAAGAGUUGCCCUGCUUCGUCCUACCUUUAUCUUGGUGUUUAUUGUUGGGUGGGCAGAUAGCCCAAACAUCCUUCCAUCCCUCCAAGACUCUUAAAGCAAUGGACCAGACCAAGGGGCAUGCCUGAAUCUGGAAGAAAGGGUUCUUGGUAUUUUGUACCUGGCGUCCUUAAACUCCAUAGCAGUCCUCCUGCCUCAUCCUCCUAGGUGCUGAGAUUCUAGGCGUGAAGAUCCCCAGUCAGGAAGGUUGUUAGUCUUGUGCUAUGAGACCAUGUUGCAACUUCAGUGGCUUUGGAACAUGCCUAUCCCUGAGUCAGUGUGGUGGCAUCUGUACCCUGACCUAUGAGGCCAGUCCUUCCCUAUAGCUCAGGAUUUAUGACGGGGAAUCCCUUGCUAGGAAAACAUACACGUAUCUAUACAGAGGCUUUGCUUGGCCCUCCAUGGCAGUGGGACACACCCUCUUGGCACCCAGAUGUCUUGUGAGGACAGCCUGCUUUUAUGAGCAUGGGUCUGUUAAGCUCCUGUCAGUCUGUGCUGGAGGAGGAGGCUGAGGCUUAGCUACCAAGUUGGUUGUUUUCUAUUAAGAACCAGUGACUGGCUGGCCUGGUGGUGAACCUCCUGAGCACUUGGGAGGCAGAGGCAGGCAGAUCCGAGUUCAAGGGGAGCCUGCUAUACAGAGUUCCUGGACCUCAAGGCUGCUAACAGAAAUUGUUAAAAGAAUGUGGUGAUAGACUCUUUCCUAAACCACAUAUACCCAGGAAAUGCCCACUAAAUUUCACCCUGGGCAUCAGAUUCCCCUGUCAGCCCUUACCUGAAAGCCCACACCAGGGGCCCACAUUCUUAAAUAUUUGGCUUGAGCUUUCCUGGAACCUUGAUUUCAUUAGGCCCUUACAGACAUCGCUGUGAAACUCAGUUAAUAGUGCCAACAUGGGCAGAGUAGUACAUGUCUUUAGUCACAGCACUAUGGAGGCAGAGGGAGGUUGAUCUCUGUGAGGUCAGUGCCAGCUUGGACUAUAUAUUGAGAUCCUGUCUCGAAAAGAGAAAAAUUUAAGAGCUCCUCAGAACAUGCCAAUUACAAGGUCAGUGGGUUCCAGAGAAAAAUCUGCCAGAGACCAGUGUUACUCUGCUAUUGGAGAGCAUUGGGUAAUGCAGCCAAAGGUGCACUGUGGCCACAAGAGAAAGGGUCACAGCAUUUCAAAUUCUGUUAGCCGCAGGGAACGCUGCAGUGUUGGAGUCCUUGCCUACUGUGUAUGAGGCCCUGAAUGACCUAAGGAAGCCAGGUUCGCAGUUUUGACCAGAAAAGUGGACCUGGUGUCUUCAGGUGUCUGCCUUGCUCAGAAUUUAAAACAAUUUAACAUAAUUCUAUAAAUAAAAGGUUAUUUUAACAUUUA